UGUUUCUGUGUUUUGUUCAGAGCUGAAACAGAGCCGUGCGUAUCACAAUCUCAAGAUUUUUUUUAAUCUGAUGGAACGAGAAGAGAUAUGAGGCCUGUUUUGCAGGGACCUUCUUGGAGUUCUUUCGUUGAGUACUUGCCCAGCGGUGGCUUUAUGCAAUGGCCUCUAGCCACAGGUCUUCACCAGUGCCUCAGACAAAGAACAGCGAUGCGUUCUUCAAGAAGGAAGUGGACUCUGCCAAGCGCUUUCGAACAGUGCAGUCACUGCCAGACGUGUGUCCUAAGGAACCCACAGGUGAUCUCGGCAGCCUGUCCGACAGCCCGUCUUUAGUGGCCGACCAGCACCGCUGGACUAUUUAUCAUUCCAAAGUCAAUCUCCCAGCAGCCCUCAACGACCCUCGGUUAGCAAAAAGGGAAUCGGAUUUCUUCACCAAGACGUGGGGGCUGGACUUUGUCGACACUGAAGUUGUGCCUUCGCUCUACCUCCCGCGGAUCAACAAGGAGCACUUCUCAGCGUACCAACUGGACAUUGGUCAGAGAGAGAAGCUUCAUGAGAAAUGCAAGACUGUUUGUCCUCCUAAAGAUACCUUUGACAGGACGCUGUUGCAUACUCAUGAUAAAUCCAGGACAGAACUGGAGCAAGUACCUAAGAUUUUUAUGAAACCAGAUUUUGCCUUGGAAGAUCCUUCAACGUUUAACAUGGUAUUACCUUGGUCUCAUUUCAACACCGCUGGGGGGAAAGGAAAUCGUGACGCGGCUUCUUCCAAGCUGCUUCAGGAAAAGCUGAGCCACUAUCUGGAUAUCGUGGAAGUCAACAUCGCCCAUCAGAUCUCCCUCCGCUCCGAAGCGUUUUUCCACGCCAUGACCUCCCAACACGAACUGCAAGACUACCUCAGGAAAACCUCCCUGGCUGUGAAAAUGCUUCGAGACAAAAUAGGCCAGAUCGACAAAGUGAUGUGCGAAGGGUCUCUCAAAGUCUUGAGACUCUCCAUGACGAAAGUCAACUGCAUAAAAGCGUACAAUAAGCUGAAGCUGAUGGCGGCAGUACACCAAACGCAGCCCACCGUGCAGCUCUUGCUGUCCACUUCCGAAUUCGUCGGCGCGCUGGAUUUAAUAGCGACGACGCAGGAGGUGCUACAGCAGGAACUCCAAGGCAUUCACAGUUUCCGGCACCUUGGGUCACAACUCUGUGAAUUGGAAAAACUGAUAGACAAAAUGAUGAUUGCAGAGUUCGCGACCUACGCUCGCAGCGACUUGAACAGGCCUCUGGAGGACGAGUGUCAGAUUCUCGAAGAGGACAGGCUUGUAUCGCUGGUGUUUGGACUCCUAAAACAAAGGAAACUGAACUUUUUUGAGAUAUACGGUGACGAAAUCAUUAUUACAGCAAAGAACAUAAUUAAGCAGUGUGUGAUUAACACGGUAUCAGAGAUCGAAGAAAUAGACACGGAAGUGGUGGUUAAACUGGCCGAUCAAAUGAGAAUGAUGAAUUUCCCACAGUGGUUUGACCUCCUGAAGAAUAUUUUUUCCAGCUUCAUCCUCUUCCUCAAGAGAAUCAAGGCCACGCUAAAUGUUAUCCGCAGUGUCGUUCUCUUGGUUCUAGACAAGAACCAAAGGAGCAAAGGGCUGGAAGAAGCCCCGGUGCAGAAGAACUCGCCGAAAGAAAGCGCCACGGACACAGAAGUGGCUUACCUGACCCACGAGGGGAUGUUCAUCAGCGACGCCUUCAGCGGGAGAGACCUCCCGCCCACGACAGCCUCUCCCGGAAACGUUUGCCCAGACAGCGACCCCAGCAGCAGCGAUUCUGUCUCUGAGCCGGAAUGCGCCACAGAUUCUUCGUCCAGCAAGGAACAGACUUUGUCGGGUGUCACCCCUGCUGGCAUCGAGACCAUGAUCGGGGAGGACAUGAAACUGUCCGAACUGGAACUGGUUAGACUAGCGAAUAACAUCCAAGAGCUUCUGUACAGCGCUUCCGAUAUUUGCCACGAUCGUUCAGUCAAAUUUCUCAUGGCAAGAGCAAAAGAUGGCUUCCUGGAGAAACUGAACUCUACCGAGUUCGUGGCUCUUUCCCGACUGAUGGAGACUUUCAUCCUGGACACGGAGCAGGUCUGCGGGAGGAAGAGCACGUCCCUGCGUGGCGCCCUUCAGAGCCAAGCGAACAAAUUUGUAAAUCGAUUCCACGAGGAGAGGAAAACAAAACUCAGCCUUCUGCUAGACAACGAGCGCUGGAAGCAAGCCGAGGUUCCGGCAGAAUUUCAGGAUCUUGUUGAUUCCAUAUCAGACGGCAAAAUUGCUUUACCGGAGAAGAAAACAGGAGCUCCUGAAGAAAGAAAGCCAACAGACUUCCUUGUUGUCGACGGUCAGAAAUACGCUGUAGUUGGGACCGUCUUGCUGCUGAUCAGGAUCAUCCUGGAGUAUUGCCAGUGUGUGGACAACAUUCCUUCCAUAGCGACUGACAUGCUGACUCGUCUCUCUGAUUUGCUGAAGUAUUUCAACUCCAGAAGUUGUCAGCUGGUGCUGGGCGCCGGUGCGUUGCAAGUGGUCGGCUUGAAAACGAUAACUACAAAAAACUUAGCCCUCUCGUCCCGUUGCCUGCAGCUGAUUGUACACUAUAUUCCCGUUAUCCGAGCACACUUCGAAUCCCGCCUGCAGCCCAAACAGUUCAGCAUGCUGAGGCAUUUCGAUCACAUUACCAAGGAUUAUCACGACCACAUAGCUGAAAUUUCAGCCAAACUCGUAGCCAUAAUGGAUAGCUUAUUUGACAAGCUGCUCUCCAAGUAUGAGGUCAAAGCCCCCGUCCCCUCCACCUGCUUCAGGAACAUCUGCAAACAGAUGGCGAAGAUGCACGAAGCAAUCUACGAGCUCCUCCCCGAGGAGCAAACGCAGAUGCUCUUUUUACGAAUAAACGCAAGCUACAAACUCCAUUUGAAGAGGCAGCUGGCCCACUUAAACGUCAUCAACGACGGGGGACCUCAAAACGGGUUGGUUACAGCCGACGUAGCUUUUUACACUGGAAACCUUCAAGCUCUGAAAGGCCUUCAAACCCUGGACUUAAACAUGGCCGAGAUCUGGGAACAGAAGAGGUGAUAAUACAGCAGGGCAGUGGCUCGCCCUCUCAGCUUGGGAUAAGCCGCUGCUGCUACUUUUCAGUAGGCGAAUACGUGGAACCUAGAAGAGGAAAUUCCCUCGACGUUUGAUGGCAUCUCGGAUCUCGGCGACCUCGGGAGAGAAACUUUCCUCGGAGAAGAAAGGAGGGAUCGGCUCUGUCUUCGGGAUUUCUUCAUGCUCAGGUUUCUUUGGACCAAAUCCAAAAGAAUACAUAGCUGUAACACAGCUGCUGUUGGCUAGAGAGUUGCGCAGGCAAGUUUUGUGUUUUAAAAAGCUGUCCUGCGGUUCCUCCAGCGCAACCAAACUCACACGGCGUCUCUCGCCUCUAUUUAAGUUGACGAGAGUUUGGAAAUCCUUGCAAAAUUCCAUAAAACGUUUUCCACUAUAAA